CUAGAAGGGAAGUCAAUGGCCAAUGCUAAGCCUCCUGCAGGCGAGGUCCCUCCUCUUCUGGCCAUGUGGGAAUCUUCCUGGAGGAGGAGGAGUGAGUGGAUGAGCCUUGCAGGGUUUGUGGAGGAGGAGAGAGUGUGCCUUCCCAAGAGGGAGAUGGCUCUUCUGCCCAGGCUGGAGCCUGGCUGCAAGGACACAGGGCAGGUGGGAAAGCAAGAAGCCUUAGACCCUGAGCCAAGCACGGACCCUCCUGCCUUUCCUGCUGGGAAUGGAGGGCAAUUCUGGGAAGGAGGCCUUUUGGGGAAGGGGCUGCUGGGAGACAGCCCACCUUCAGAGGCAGCGCCAAGCCAGAGCUUCAGGCAGUUCAACUACAAGGAGGCUUUGGGGCCCCGAGAGGUUUGCAGCCGCCUCCACUCUCUCUGCCGCCUGUGGCUGAAGCCUGAGAAACAUACAAAGGCGGAGAUGCUGGACCUGGUGCUCCUGGAGCAGUUCCUGGCCGUCCUUCCUGCAGAGAUGGAGCGCUGGGUGAGGGAAUGUGGGGCAGAGACCAGUUCCCAGGCCGUGGCUUUGGCUGAAGGAUUCCUCCUGAGUCAGGCAGAAGAGGAGACGGAGAAGGAGCAACAGGUGGCGGACUUGUGGGCAGAAGUGGCCACCGCAUUGGAAAGGCCCCCCUCCACCUCUAGCCGGAUACUGGAUUGUGCCAAACAAAAGGAAUUACCCAGCUUCACAAGAGUUGAAUCAGAACCAGCACAUACUGGCUUCCAUCUUCCUUUUGAUGAAUGCAACACACAUUCUAUGACACCAGAUCAGGUGACCUUCCAAGAAGUGACCGUGUCUUUCAGUGAGGAGGAGUGGGCCCUGCUGGAUCCGGACCAAAGGGCCUUGCAUCAACAAGUCAUGAAGGAAAAUAUGGAGACUGUGUCCUCUCUAAAAACUCACAGAGAAGGGGAAUCAUCUCAAUACUGGGACUGUGGAGACAACAAGGAGCUGGGCCUUUCUGGUCAGCAAGCAACGUACACUAAGAGGAAGCCCUUUAAGUGCUUGGAGUGCGGAAAAUGUUUCCCUAAUAAGAAAAGCACUGCUCGUCAUGAAGCAAUGCACACUGGAGAGAAAAAGUUCAAAUGCUUGGAGUGUGGAAAGGGCUUCGUUCAGAAGACAAGCCUCACCUAUCAUCAAGCUACUCAUACUAGGGAGAAGCCAUUUAAAUGCUUGGAGUGUGGAAAGGGCUUCAUUCACAAGAUAAGCCUGACUCGUCAUUUAGCAAUUCAUACUGGGGAGAAGCCAUUUAAAUGCUUUGAGUGUGGAAAGGGCUUCAAACAGAAGACAAAUCUCACCUAUCAUCAAGCUACCCAUACUGGGGAGAAGCCAUUUAAAUGCUUGGAGUGUGGGAAGAGUUUCACUCAGAAGAUAAGCCUCACCUAUCAUCAAGCUACCCAUACUGGGGAGAAGCCAUUCAAAUGCUUGGAUUGUGGAAAGGGCUUCAUACAGAAGAUAUGCCUGACUCGUCAUCAAGCUACCCAUACUGGGGAGAAGCCUUUUAAAUGCUUGGAGUGUGGAAAGAGUUUCACUCAGAAGACAGCCCUUACCGAUCACCAGGCUACACAUACUGGGGAGAAGCCAUUUAAAUGCUUGGCGUGUGGAAAGGGCUUCAUUCACAAGAUAAGCUUCACGUCUCAUCAAACUACUCAUACAGGGGAGAAGCCAUUUAAAUGCUUGGAGUGUGGGAAGGGCUUCAUUCAGAAGUUAGGCCUUACCUAUCAUCAAGCUACCCAUACUGGGGAGAAGCCUUUUAAAUGCUUGGAGUGUGGAAAGUGUUUCACUCAGAAGAUAAGCCUCACCAUUCAUCAAGGUACCCAUACUGGGGAGAAGGCAUUUAAAUGCUUGGAGUGUGGAAAGGGCUUCAUUCACAAGAUAAGCCUGACUCGUCAUUUAGCAAUUCAUUCUGGGGAGAAGCCAUUUAAAUGCUUGGAGUGUGGAAAGGGCUUCACUCAGAAGACAAAUCUCACCUAUCAUCAAGCUACUCAUACUGGGGAGAAGCCUUUUAAAUGCUUGGAGUGUGGAAAGGGCUUCAUUCACAAGAUGUAUCUGACUUACCAUCAAGCAAUUCAUUCUGGGGAAAGACCAUUUAAAUGCUUGGAGUGUGCAAAGUCUUUUAUUCUGAAGGGACAUCUCACUUCUCAUCAAACAAUUCACUUGCGGGAGAAACCCUUUCAAUGCGUGGAGUGUGGUAUGGGUUUCACUCAGAAGACAGGUCUCACCAAUCAUGAAGCUACUCAUGCUGGGGGAAAGCCAUUCAAAUGCUUGGACUGUGGGAAGGGCUUCACACUGAAGGCAAGCCUCACACGACAUCACAGAAUCCACACUGGGGAAAAACCCUUUAAAUGCUCAGAGUGUGAAAGCUCUUUUACAGAGAAAAGAUGUCUAAUUGCUCAUCAAGCAACACACUCUGGGGAAAAACCAUUCAAAUGCUUGGAUUGUGGGAAGGGUUUCACACUGAAGGCAAGCCUCAUACGACAUCAAAGAAUCCACAGUGGGAAAAAACCAUUUAAAUGCUCAGAGUGUGAAAGCUCUUUUACAGAGAAAACAUGUCUAAAUGCUCAUCAGGCAACACACUCUGGGGAAAAACCAUUCAAAUGCUUGGAUUGUGGGAAGGGCUUCACACUGAAGGCAAACCUCACACAACAUGAAAGAAUCCACACUGGGGAAAAACCCUUUAAAUGCUUAGAGUGUGAAAGCUCUUUUAAAGAGAAAAGAUGUCUAAUUGCUCAUCAAGCAACACACACUGGGGAAAAACCAUUCAAAUGCUUGGAUUGUGGGAAGGGUUUUACACUGAAGGCAAGCCUCACACGACAUCAAAGAAUCCAUACUGGGGGAAAAACCCUUUAAAUUCUUAGAGUGUGAAAGCUCUUUUACAGAGAAAAGAUGUCUAAUUGCUCAUCAAGCAACACACUCUGGGGAAAAACCAUUCAAAUGCUUGGAUUGUGGGAAGGGCUUCACACUGAAGGCAAACCGCAAACAACAUCAAAGAAUCCACACUGGGGAAAACCCCUUUAAAUGCUUAGAGUGUGAAAGCUCUUUUACAGAGAAAAGAUGUCUAAUUGCUCAUCAAGCAACACACUCUGGGGAAAAAAAAUUCAAAUGCUUGGAUUGUGGGAAGGGUUUCACACUGAAGGCAAGCCUCAUACGACAUCAAAGAAUCCACACUGGGGAAAAACCGUUUCACUGUUUGGAGUGAAAGAAGUUUCAAACUGAAGCGACAACUCCAUCUUCAUCAAGCGACACAUACAGGGGAAGGAACCCUUUAAAUGCCCGGAGUUACGAAAGAGCUUUUGCCAGAAAAAACGCCUCCCCUAUCACCCUUCAUCCAAACCACGAGGAGACUGAACUUCUGUAAUAGAGUGAGAUGACUUUAAAAUAGUACUUCUUUGUUGUUGCUUUUUUAGGAAUAACUGACAUUUUAAAAAGUAUUUCUUUCUGAACAAAUUGGCUUCUUUUGCUGAAAUAUCAAAAAAAGAUCCACCCAGAGGAAAAGUGUUCUUGCAAUUUAUCAAGAGAAACACUGUACGCAUAGGGGAGCUGAUGAGAAUACAAACCAUCUACAGACUCAUGAAUAAAAUCCUACAACUGCUACCUUCAGCCAAAGACAAGAGGGAUCCUCUCACCUCUGCAGAAGUCUACCAUAUACCGUGAAGCUGUGGACAAGUCUACUUAGGGACCACCAAAUGUAGCAUUGCCCAAACACUAAUCAAGAAACAUGAAAGGCACUGCAGACUAACUCAACCUGAGAAGUCAGCCAUAGCAGAGCACUUGAUGAACCACUCUGACAACUACCAUGUCGGAUUACACAGAGAAGCCAUUGAGACCCACAUGAAUGUGGACAAUUUCAACAAAAAGGAGAAAACCAUGAAAAUGAACACAAUCUGGCUACCAGUAUUUCAAAAACUCUAAAAUCAGGACAGUAAAUAAAGAGCAAGACUCAAAAAGUAGGGGAAUUCCAGACAAUAAUCAAUCAGGGCCAGCUAACACCUCCCAACAAAUAAUUCCCCCAGGCAUCAACCAGCCAAGUCUUGAAACUGCAGGCCAUUAAAAUGCUAAUCAAGGUGGCAAUUUGCAACAUUCACACAUACAGUAGAGUCUCACUUAUCCAACAUAAACGGGCCGGCAGAAUGUUGGAUAAGCAAAUAUGUUGGAUAAUGAGGCAUUAAGGAAAAGCCUAUUAAGCAUCAAAUUAGGUUAUGAUUUUACAAAUGAAGCACCAAAACAUCAUGUUAGACAACAAAUUUGGCAGAAAAAGUAGUUCAAUAUGCAGUAAUGCUACAUAGUAAUUACUGUAUUUAUGAAUUUAUCACCAAAAUAUCAUAAUAUAUUGAAAACAUUGACUACAAAAAUGUGUUGGAUAAUCCAGAACGUUGGAUAAGCGAGUGUUGGAUAAGUGAGACUCUACUGUACUUCAAGCAGGCAAGGGUUCUUUCCCCCACCCUGGACAUUCCACAGAUAUAUAAACCUCACUUACUUAUUUUCCAACAGAAACCUCAACCUCUGAGGUUGCCUGCCAUAGUUGUGGGCAAAAUGUCAGGAGAGAAUUCUUCUGGAACAUGGCCAGAGAGCCCAGAGAACUCAAAACAAUCCAUCAAAGAAAGAGUUACUGAAAAUAAGACAGAAGACAAAAAGAGGUUUCAGGCUGUUGUCGACCGCGUUUUAGGGGGAUCGGGCCCCUUAAGGAGAGAGCCGAUCCGGUCCUGAGAGAACGGACCUUGGCGGAGCCAAUAGGAGAAUAUGAGCCGCAAUACAACCUGGAGCCGAAAUGAAGAAGGUCCGCCAAAGAUGAAGGAAAAUCCGCCAAGGAGUCUUUAUUGAGCGAUUCAGCUGAAAAGGACACUAGUAGCGAUCAUUCAGUCUACUAGCGUAUCAUAUGUUUCAAAUAAAGCCAUAUUUAUACAAUG